AUACUACAAGAAGAAUUUUGUUAUUAUUUUGACUGGGACAGAAAUUGGAAAAUUUUGACACUGCCGUCAUUGCGUCUCUUUUACCAAAUGUUUAUGUAAAAAGUAAAAUUUACAACAAAUUUCUACCAUGAAAACGGUUGAGCAUUGGUCCUAAAGACUACAAUUUCAAAGCAAUAUCAAUAAAUGCAAUCAAAUUUAUGCUUUUUUAACGGAACGUUGUGUAGAGUGCUGUUUUGUUGGUUGUGUUUUUAGUGGAAAGUGAUCAAAAUUCAACUACGUUCUGUCACCGUAGAAUGGAGGAGGAGGAUUCCAUAGUAGAGAAAGGUGACAGCUUUGGCUUCAGCCAAGCGGAUAAAACUUUGUCGAUUAGCAACACUGUCUCCGGACUAUCUGAAUCAUUAAAACAACAAAUUGGGGAUGGGUCAAUGGAUGUGCAAUCUUUUUAUAAAACGGGAAGACCAUAUAUUGCUGCCAGCUCUCUUCACAUGAAAUUGAACUCUCGAUACAUAUCGAAGAUUUCGAGUAGUCCUCGCAAAUUUCAAGAUCCGUCAAUUCGAAUGCGACCGUAUUUCAUCCCAGAACGGUCGCGGACAAAAAGCGAGAGCACCGACACGAAACACAGUGACAUUAGCUCAUAUGAAGCACGUACGGUCGGUACAGAGGACUUAUUUACAUCCCAAUGUGAUACAAUGAUGGACACAUCUUGUGAUAACAUUUGUGCAACAAAUUCAUUUAGCAAUACAACCGCACCAGUUGUAGCGAAAGCGAUGAAAAAUUCGUCAUUGAAAAAAUCCAAAUCACUGGAAGACAUUCGAGCGAAAGUUGUUGACGGAUCGCAACCGUCACAUGAAAUGGAGUUUGUUUCGAGUCGAAUACAGAAGCUCAAAGUGCACGAUUAGGGGAUUAGGAGUGAUGAAACAUCAAUAUCGAAAUGGUGAACGAAAAUAUGAAAAUACAAUUCGUCUCUGCCAUUCGUGACUAUUCGAACAGCAAAUGUUUGAAGGGACGAAUCCAUAUCGUUAGCGAAACAUUGUUGUUCCAAUUUAAAUUUAAAUCUCAUGUUCAUUUGUUAGCAAGUAAUGCAGGAAAAUUGACAAAAAUUCUACCGAGCUGAGCAUUAAGGUGAUUUUCAGGAAUCAAUUCAAAUAACGUUGGAAGAAAAUGACGGAGAAAGGUUGAAUUUUCGCAUGAGAAUCACCAAUCAUAUAAACUCACAAGUUCUUAUUUUCGUCCCAAGUUUCAUACCUGCAACAUCAUUCAUCAACACGAUCAACACUUAACGUUAGACAUAUAAAGUUCUUGAAUUGACUAUCCGUCAUUUCCUGAUAGAACAUAAUAACUUCUACCGUCUGCCAAUUGAUCCAGACAUUGUAGCAUAAUUUAUUAUUGAAUGAUAGCAAAUGUAGUUAAUCGAUAUUGUAUUAGGCGAUGUAUAGAGUAUACGAUAGUACAAUUUGGUGCUGGCACCUUAACAUUGUUACAGUUCAUGUCUGGAGUCAGACUUAUCCGUUAAAUGAUUAAAUCAAUUAAAUUAUUGCGACUUUUCCAGACAUGUUACCUUUAAAUAUAUUUAUAACCCUGGCUGAGCAAUCAACACCAUGAACGAACUUCUUGAACUAAAUUUUAAAAUUUUAUAUUGACUGGUAGGUUCAAUAAAAAUUGAAAUCGAUGAACCGUCAAGUUACUGGCGAGGUGUCUCGUCAUGACCUUGAGAAACACCCAUUCAAUUAUUGGAAGAUUUUUAUUUUUUAGGACGGAAACUCUUCAUUUACCACAACCAAAGUUUGAACACAUUAGUUGAACGAAGACAAAAAAACCUUAAAUGAAUAAAUUGAACAUAGAAAAUAGUUUGUAGCGUCUGUGAUUUUGUUUGUUGAUGGAAAAAAUGUCACAAAGGAGGAGAAUUUUUGGUACUUCUUGUGGUGUUAAUGACAUUAACGUCUGAAACAUUAUACCCUUUGUAAAUAUGAAUUCAAAUUUUGUUUUAAAUAAAAAUUUAUUUUUCUACAACAUU